AACCGCCUCGGCCUCCAGAAGUGCUGGGAUUACAGGCGUGAGCCACUGUGCCGGCCUACGUUUAGUUUUUAACCAUGCUGCUUUUUCUUGAAUCUUCUGUCAGUCAACUCCACAAUGGUGAAUCAGGGAGUUAGGUCUGGCUGUAAGAGAGGGCCCAGGUACUGGGUCAGAUAGGUAAAGAGACAUUCCUUAGUUCUUACUCUCUGCUACCAAACCAUUUCUUGGGAUCAAGCCCUCUUUGCCUGCGUCAUUCCGCCUCCAUUAAAUUCAGCCUUCUUUCCACAUCUUUCCACUGUUGUUGAAAACUUGAGACCUGAAAUCCCAUCUCCUAAAUCCCUGGGAGCUCUAGAAGUAGAGAUGGCCAGGUUCUGUGGUCAGGGCUGGUUGGGAUUACAAAUAAACCAAAGCCUGGGAAACUUUCUUGCUAUUAAUAGUGCAACCUUUUGGGGAGGGAAUACCCAAACUCGAUGCUGUUGGAAUUGAUUUUGCCUGUCCAGAUGACAUACUAAUGAGCUAAGUGGUUAGCUUCGGAUCAUUAUUGCUCCUUCCCAAGCCAAGUUCUUUUAAAGACUAAAACCACAAAAGCAGAGAACAAGUUGGGUUAGAGAGAUUCCCUUCUCCACUCUGGAGAAGGGAGAGUGGUCAGCUCCGGCCUUAAAAAUGAGAAAAUAAAGGUGGUCCUUGCUUUGGAAUGAGGUAGUGGUGCUGACUUAUUCAACUGGUUUUUCUUUUUCUUUUUGGAAGUGGAAUUUGAUUUGGUGUCUGGAUUUUGAUGGGGGUAUUUAUAUUUCUUCAGCACUUUUUGGUUCCUGCAGAAAGUUGCAUUCCUAGUUCCUCAACUGCUUGUUUCUUUUUGGGUUUUGAAGCAGGAAUUUGAUUUGGUGUCUGGGUUUUGAUAGGGGUGUUUAUGUUUUGUCAGUGUCUUUUGGUUCUUUGAGAGUUUCUCUCCUCAUCUGUCAUGUGUCAGAGAGGGUGCCUGUCAACCACUCUCUCUCUCCAGGGAGAAAGUCUUCCUUAAAACAGCCCUAAGAUCCUUAUCUCCUCAAAUCACCCACUUUGAUGAUAAUAUCCAUUGUUCUCUUCUCUGCUUCUUGGCAUAUUCUAGUCAGUCUGUGUAUACAAUUAAAAAAACAACACAGCCCUCUGUGUCCGAAGUACUUGGAAUAUCCCAGUGUUUCACAGGAGACUUUGGAAGUGGACAAAACUGUAUUUCCUUCCCCAAAUGAGGUUAUUGUGCUCGAAAUAUCUCCUGGUAGUUUAUUAAAGGAAACCGCAGACUGGGGUAAGAGAGGCAGUUUCUACAGCCUGCAGCCCUGCUAUCUUGCCUCUUCUUUUCGACCCUCUUUCCUCCCUCUCCUCUUCUCUCCCCUCCUCACCCUAUUCAACCCACCCCCACAUGUCAUGCCAUCCUCAGGGGGUAGCCCUGCAGGCCUGCUUCACUGGGAUGGUCUGUUCUUGCCACCCGUCCCAUGGAACGUGAGGAAGGAAUUUGGGGUGUGGACUUCCUUGAGUGACUAGGAUUAGACCCGUCGGGUCUGCAGUCAGACGAGAAGCGUGUGGGCAAAGGGAACUAUUGUGUGAGGCCUCUCCGGACAGAAAGCCUGCCUUCAUCUUUUACUGUGCCUAAUGGACAAUUGAGACAUUCAGCUUAUGUCUGAAAGGAAAGUGGGCCGGGAUGGUCUAGCAGACCUCCCAGAUGAAGGCUUGUAGGAGAAGCAAAUAGAGACAAGGAUUACCAACAGGGGGAACAACUGGGGCAGAGUCCUGGGAGAGAAUGUUUAUUUCCUUGCUCUCUAGGAGGGAUUUGGAAAGAGCCAUAAUCCUGGGUUAGGAGUAAUUUGUUACAGCAAGAUGAUACUUGAGUGACAGGCUGCUUCUGGCUGAGGCAGCAAGACUUGCAUGCAGGGGGGUCGUGGGCCUCCAGAAGGUCAGCCUCCCGUAAAUCUCCACCCCGGCUUUGGGGUUUGUUUCUCCCCAAGCAAAAUUAACCAGAGGCACUGCUGACCUUUGGGCUUCCUGGGUGUAGCGUUACGAAGCAUCUCCACAUGCUUGUCACAGCUAGAAUUUGACAAUAAAAAUUUGGACGGGGAGACCCUGCCAGAGCCACUGACCUCUUUCCAGUGUGACAAGGGGGAAAAAAUAAAAGGAAAAUGUAGCGCGGGGUGCGGUUUCAGUUGAAGUUGGGAGGACACGGAGCCCAGCUUGUCUCGCAUUUGCUGUCUAUGUAGACUCACUAAAGCAAGUUAAUUCAUUGCUCUUUGACCGCCAGGUCUUUCGUUGUCUUUUGUUGUUGUGGAAUGGGUGAAAGAAAUACAGAAUGGGGAGGAGAACCUAAUUAGAAAAAUUAAGCCUUGAGAGCUCCCAGCCAUGGAGACAGAAAGGGAUUUUUUAGAAGUUGUGAUUUUAAUAUCUGCUGCAGUCUGAUGAUUCAUGGAUUUAAAAUAACCCUUUCAGGUCACCAGGACCCUGUUACUUGCUGGCUUUGUACCUCUUAAAGGUCAUUUGUUGGCUUCAUCUCUAACAAUUUCCAUGGUAGACCUAACAUUUCUGGCUGUUAAAUCCCCUGUGUAGAAGAAGAAAUAGCAAAUCUUAGCUGCCUUGGACCUGAUAUAAUUCUUUGUCUUCAUUCCCAUGGUUUAUCCUUGAAGGUUGAAUAAAUGAUGUGGAAGCUAGUCGAGGGACUUCAGUAUCUCCAGAUGAAAUGGCCACUGCUUGAUGUCCAGGCAGGGAGCCUGCAGAGUAGACAAGCCCUCAAGGAUGCCCGGUCCCCAUCGCCGGCACACAUUGUCCAGAGCCCCCUCCCUUGCUGCACUCAGGGACAUGACUGUCAGCACUUCUACCCCCCCUCAGACUUCACUGUCAGCACUCAAGUCUUCAGGGACAUGAAAAGGAGCCACUCCUUACAAAAAGUUGGGGAGCCCUGGUGUAUUGAGUCGAACAAAGUGCCAGUGGUGCAGCACCCUCACCAUGUCCACCCCCUCACGCCUCUUAUCACGUACAGCAAUGAACACUUCACGCCGGGAAACCCACCUCCACACUUACCAGCCGACGUAGACCCCAAAACAGGAAUCCCACGGCCUCCGCACCCUCCAGAUAUAUCCCCGUAUUACCCGCUAUCGCCUGGCACCGUAGGACAAAUCCCCCAUCCGCUAGGAUGGUUAGUACCACAGCAAGGUCAACCAGUGUACCCAAUCACGACAGGAGGAUUCAGACACCCCUACCCCACAGCUCUGACUGUCAAUGCUUCCAUGUCCAGCUUUCUGUCUUCUAGGUUCCCUCCCCAUAUGGUCCCACCACAUCAUACGCUACACACGACGGGCAUUCCGCAUCCGGCCAUAGUCACACCAACAGUCAAACAGGAAUCGUCCCAGAGUGACGUCGGCUCACUCCAUAGCUCAAAGCAUCAGGACUCCAAAAAGGAAGAAGAAAAGAAGAAGCCCCACAUAAAGAAACCUCUUAAUGCAUUCAUGUUGUAUAUGAAGGAAAUGAGAGCAAAGGUCGUAGCUGAGUGCACGUUGAAAGAAAGCGCGGCCAUCAACCAGAUCCUUGGGCGGAGGUGGCACGCACUGUCCAGAGAAGAGCAAGCGAAAUACUAUGAGCUGGCCCGGAAGGAGCGACAGCUUCAUAUGCAGCUGUACCCCGGCUGGUCCGCGCGGGAUAACUAUGGAAAGAAGAAGAAGAGGAAAAGGGACAAGCAGCCGGGAGAGACCAAUGAACACAGCGAAUGUUUCCUAAAUCCUUGCCUUUCACUUCCUCCGAUUACAGACCUGAGCGCUCCUAAGAAAUGCCGAGCGCGCUUUGGCCUUGAUCAACAGAAUAACUGGUGCGGCCCUUGCAGGAGAAAAAAAAAGUGCGUUCGCUACAUACAAGGUGAAGGCAGCUGCCUCAGCCCACCCUCUUCAGAUGGAAGCUUACUAGAUUCGCCUCCCCCCUCCCCCAACCUGCUAGGCUCCCCUCCCCGAGACGCCAAGUCACAGACUGAGCAGACCCAGCCUCUGUCGCUGUCCCUGAAGCCCGACCCCCUGGCCCACCUGUCCAUGAUGCCUCCGCCGCCCGCCCUCCUGCUCGCCGAGGCCACCCACAAGGCCUCCGCCCUCUGUCCCAACGGGGCCCUGGACCUGCCCCCAACCGCUUUGCAGCCUGCCGCCCCCUCCUCAUCAGUUGCACAGCCGUCGACUUCUUCCUUACAUUCCCACAGCUCCCUGGCCGGGACCCAGCCCCAGCCGCUGUCGCUCGUCACCAAGUCUUUAGAAUAGCUUUAGCGUCGUGAACCCCAGUCGCUUUGUUUAUGGUUUUGUUUCACUUUUCUUUAUUUGGCCCCCCUCCCCCCCACCUUGAAAGGUUUUGUUUUGUACUCUCUUAAUUUUGUGCCACGUGGCUACAUUAGUUGAUGUUUAUCGAGUUCAUUGGUCAAUAUUUGACCCAUUCUUAUUUCAAUUUCUCCUUUUAAAUAUGUAGAUGAGAGAAGAACCUCAUGAUUCUACCAAAAUUUUUAUCAACAGCUGUUUAAAGUCUUUGUAGCGUUUAAAAAAUAUAUAUAUAUACAUAACUGUUAUGUAGUUCGGAUAGCUUAGUUUUAAAAGACUGAUUAAAAAACAAAAAGGAAAAAAAAGAAGCAAUUUUGAAGCAGCCCUCCAGAAGGAGUUGGUUCUGUAUUAUUUGUAUUAAAUACGAGCUUGCGAACCAAUCAUUUUACAUCUGGUUUUUAAACCGUAAGGGCACCACGAAUGCAGUGCCAUUACUUUUUUGUUUUUUUUCUGUGUGAAACAACUUUUAUUGUGAUGUUACUUGUUAUUGUUUAAAUGUACAGAAACAAAGGGUAAAAAUGUGUUAAUAUACCUUGUUCCAUGGUGUUGUUCUUUUGGGGGGAGGGGAUGCUACUCAACACUUAAUAGAAUCACAAUGCUGUUGGGCCAGUAGUAUUUAUUGCUUUAGAGAUUGCUUGUCGUACCUGUAUGUCGUCCCUUUUUAAAUAUGUUUUCCUUUUUCUUGAAACUGUAUAAAGUUUUUUUCCCCCUUAGCAUAAGCAUCUUAUAUAUAACAACUCAUUUGUACAAGGUUUUUAAGUUUAUAUAUAAAAUGUGUAUAUAUAUUUUUGUUUCCCUUUUUGACUUUUUUUUUUUUUUUUUUUUUUUUUUUUGCUGUAUGAAACCCAGUUGUCACCAAAUGGACAUUAAUAGUUGCAUUAAGGAUCAGUAGCAUUAACAAAAGUUGCUUUAAAAGCCAUUAUGUAAAACAAGACUUGAAAAUGAGUGAGGGAAUUUUAGCGACACUGUCUGAGCAGCAGUGGGAACCAUCUUUUUCCCCUUUUUACUCCCAGUGGGAUGCCCUACCCUGCGCCCUUAGGGCCUGGACUGACCGUGUGCAGAACUUUACGUGCCAAAAUUCUCAGUGAAUUUAGCUUUCUCCCUCUUUUUGAUGCUGUAAUUUUUGUUCAUCAUGUUUUGCUGUGAUGUUACAUAGGUAGAUUUGUAUGUAGUUUUAAUGUCACCUAUAACAAAAUGUGUUUGGUAGCAGAUUGUCCAGAAAGCAUUUUAAAUGAAGAGGUAUAAACCCUUAAGGGCCAAAAUUCUGUAUAUUAGAUUACUCUUACACGAAAAACCGGCUGCCGCUUUUAUGUACACAUAUUACAUACGAGUAGGCAGCAGACUUUAAAACUAAAAAAAAUCUAGGCAUGUUGAUGUUGCAGACUGCUGUAUAAAGCUGAAACCUGUUCAUUCAGUGCCAUUGUAGUUGACAUGAAGCGAUUGUAAACCUGUCUCCGAUUUUUCUCUGGUUUAUUAAAAUGCUAACUAUAACAUUUUUUGUGAAUACUUUGAAUGUUUCCUAACAGUUGUGAUGUUACUGUUCCGUUUUAUGCUCUUAUUCCAAGUUCAUUUUUAAUGGUUUGGAAGCCAUUUUUGUAAUGAAUAAAUGUUCAUGCUGUACAGUAUCUGUAGCAUGCUGUUCUGGAUUAAUAAAAGCAACUUAGUCUGUGCAGAUAAA